AGCAAACGUUUUUCUUAUCCAUUGAUUUUGUUUUCACACAAAACAACAAAAACACGAUUCAAAACAUGCGUUGAUUUUCGGGUCAUUUCUUGCGGUCAAAGAAAGGCAUCCAUUGUUUGAUUGAAACUGUGUUUUAAAUAAACGAUUAAAUCAUAAAAGCAUUGAUUGAAUGAACAAUGAGACCAACGCUCACACCAUUGACAUACCGUUACCCGAAGACCAGUCCAGUGAUGGACAACAGGACGUGACCGCAGCAGCCGUUGGCGAUGGUCAGCACAAUCACCAAUCGGUGGCCAUUGAUUCCCAUUACGUGUCUCAGGCCGUAGACAAUGCCAACAACGCGAUGGCCGCCAACCCCUACGCCAACAUUGCAAUGGCCGGACAGAUGGCCGCCGCAGCACAUCAUCAGCAGCAACAGCAACAACAAUAUCAGGCAUAUUAUCAACAGUACUACUCUUCGGCGGCCGCCGCCGCCGCGUAUCAGCCAAUGGCCGCUCACAUGAUGUCCCAACAGAUGGCCCAACAGUACCCGUAUUUUAUGCCGCAAAUGAUGCGACCAAUGGUGCCGAUUGUGCCGCACAUACCGCAGAUGACGCCCCAAAUGGCAGCCAUUGUUAACCACAACAGCAACGCCGUCGCCAAUAGUGGCAACAAUCACAACAACAACCACAACAGCCGUGCGGCCAAUCAGGCGGCGGCCGAGGCGUACGACGACGAGGACUCGUCUGACUCGGACCCGACGGUCGCCCGACACGGAGGCACCACCAAAGCUAGCAAUGUUUUGCCCAUUCAUUGUAAUGAGAAAAUGGGUUUAAAUCCAUUGAUAUUUCAAAAUAUACAACAGAGUCCAUACUUUAAGAAUACUCUGUUUCAGUUGAAGACAUAUCACGAGGUGAUCGACGAGAUCUUCUACAGUGUCCGACACCUCGAGCCCUGGGAGAAGGGCUCCCGAAAGGUCGGCGGACAGACGGGAAUGUGUGGUUCGGUGCGCGGUGUGGGCGCCGGCGGUAUAAUAUCGACACCGUUUUGUAUAUUAUAUAAAUUAUUUACUUUAAAACUGACGCGAAAGCAAGUGAAUGGUCUGAUCCGACACAAGGACUCGCCGUACAUCCGGUCGCUGGGCUUUAUGUACAUCCGUUACACUCAACCGCCGCAGCAUUUGUUUAAUUGGUUUGAGCCGUUUCUCGAGGACGAGGAGGAAGUGGACCCGAAGGCGGGCGGCGGUCAGCCGAUUACAAUCGGUCAGAUGUGUCGCCAUAUGCUGACCAAAUUGGACUGGUAUUCAUCGCUCUUCCCUCGAGUGCCGGUUCCCAUACAGAAGGAGAUCGAGUCUAAGAUGAAACAGAGGGACGAAGAGUACGAACAACAGAUGCGAGACGAGAGGGGCGUCGAAGACGGAGAGGUCGAAGAGGAAGGAGAGGCGGCCGACGGCGAAGAGGAGGAGUACGCGGCCGACGACAAAGAGGAAGAGUACCCGAAAAGAGGCGGCAGCGGUGGCGACGACUCCCGUAGCAAAUACAGGAGGCGUUCGCCGCAGGAACGCGACGGCAGAAGACAACAGUCGCCCACCGAUAGGGAUAGGAAGCGGUCGCGCGAUAGAGACCGGUCUCGAGAGCGUCGGUCGCGUUCCCGAGAGGACCGCCGCUCUAACGAGAAGCACAAACACCGUCGCGGCUCACGAUCGCCACAAUCAUCGCCUCAUUCUCAUCGCCAUAAUAGCAAAGGUGUCCACCGAAGCGAACACCGAUCCGAUCACAAACGCAAACACCGUUAA